AUGGCUGAAGUGCAUAUUAUCGGAGAGAUUGAAUAUGCAUCUGGGUUCCCAGAACAACGUCUUUUUUGUCGCUGGGAGCUCGGAUUUGGUGGUGGAUGGCGUGUAAUACAAGGAGUAAGCAAAGGACAAACUCAGAUCGACUUAUCCGAAUAUGAAGAUUUUGCAUAUUUUUCACAUCCGUUGGAUAUACAUCUUAUAACUAAAACCAUACAAGUCUUCUGUAGCCGAAAAUUGUGGAUUGGUCGUAGACGGAAAAUCUCAAAACAGCAACUAUGGAAGAAAGUAAAGAAUUUACUCAAAACAUUCCUAUAUUUAGGAUGGCCUUCAAUUAGUUUACAAAUCUGGCAUUACGAUGAAUUUGGUCGGCAGGAACUGUAUGGCUACGGGUCCAUAUAUUUACCAGCUUCACCCGGUGAACAUCAGAUGAAAUGUUAUACAUGGAGACCGAAAGGUAGUUUACGUGAAGAAAUGAUGCAGUACUUUGUUGGAGGUGGUUUACAAUUAAGCAAUGAAAAUUCGACACGACUCGAUGAAUACUCAAGAUUGCGCACUGUAUCAAUGGGUGUCGUUAAACUGCGUAUUUCAGUGAUAACCAAAAAUUUUGAUCGUUUCGGAAUCCAGUGCUAA